AUGUCGUCCAUCAUCGAGAAAAUCAAGAGCUACGACCUUCCGCCCGAGCUUCGCGAGGCGAUCAACAAGCGAAACGACCUGCUCCUUGCAAAGCUCUCCUCCGCCGCGGACCAGCUCAAGGCCGUCGGUGGCGACUGCUUUAAGCUGACAGUGCAGUACCAGGAAUUGGAGCGCUCCAACGAGGGCGAGCUGGCAUCGCUGCCGUGGAAGUCCGUCGAGGAGGCGCGCACCGCCGGAAAGCCCUUUGAGAUGACGCUGCACGACCCUCUCACGCUGCUCAAGGGGAAGACGUUCCUCGGCUGUCUGCUUGAGCUGCUCGGCGACAAGGGAGCGAGCGAUCUGCGCGUCGUUUGGGCCUCGGCCGACCUCGACAACUUCAAGACGGUCAACGACCGCUGGUCGCACGCGCACGGCGAUUUCGCCAUCAUCAUCGCGUGCCGCGCUAUUCAGCGCGCAGUUGACAAGUGGAACCGUGAGAACGGAGCGCUCGGCCACGCAGUGGCGAUGCGCUUCGGCGGCGACGAGAUCGUGUUGGCCAUCGUGCUCAAAGGCGACCAGCAGGCGCAGGCGUGCAAAUCGCUGCUCAAUGACGUCCACUCGGCGACGUGCCGCAGCCUGCAGCAGCGCUUUGACUUUGCCGGACUCGACCCUAAGCCCAUCGACCGCGACGGCAAGCCGAUCGAAGCCAAGGGCCCUGCCAUCUCGAUCGGCGUCUCGUCUGCGCUGCCCUGCGGCGCUGGGUCGUCGACGCUGUACACGAAGGGCUUCAAGCGCGCCGACGACCUGCUCAACGAGUACAAGGGCGUGUGGAAGAGUGGCGGCACGCGCCUCGGUGCCAAGCCGACUGAGGGCGGAGGAGUCAUCUUUGAGGACGCCAUCCUCGACGCCAAGGGGGGCGAAGUCAAGAAGCAUAUCGACGAGGGCGAGGCGCGGGCGGCAGCGGAGUCCGAGGGCUUGCAGCUGCACCUGUCCAACAGCAACCAGACCGGCUACACCGGCGUCUCAAAGAUUCCCUCUGGCCGCUUCCGAGUGAAGUGCAUGGUGGACGGCAGGCAGAACUACUUGGGAACCUUCGACACGGCGGUGGAGGCGGCGGGGGCUGCGGUGGCGGUCUACUUCUCGGACGUGUCUCGCUGGUACCGCGGCGAGGUGGCGUCCGUCAACAACGACGGCACCUCUGGCGUGGGGCGCACCUUUGGCGUGGCGUACGAGGACGGCGACGAGGAGGAGGCGGUGCCGCUGGCGGAGCUGUUUCAUCCGGCGGCUGAGGCGGGGGGACCCUCCCAGUCGGACGAGCAGAGGCUGACGGCGGCCCGAGAGAGGCCCACCCACUCCGACGAGCAGCGCGGAGCCUGCGCCCUUGACGACGAGCUCGCGCCCGAGCGGGCCGUCUGCUUGCAGCUGCACCUGUCCAGCAGGAACGCGACCGGCUACACCGGCGUCUCAACGACUCCCUCUGGACGCUUCCGCGCUGAGCGUCGGGCCGGCGGCAGGAUUGGCCACUUUCGAAAGCUGGUCUACUUGGGCACUUUCGACACGGCGGUGGAGGCGGCGGGCUUGCAGCUGCACCUGUCCAACAGCAACCAGACCGGCUACACCGGCGUCUCAAAGAUUCCCUCUGGCCGCUUCCGAGUGAAGUGCAUGGUGGACGGCAGGCAGAACUACUUGGGCACCUUCGACACGGCGGUGGAGGCGGCAGUGGCGCGGUGGCUGUAG